AUCUUUCUUAGCAGGAUGCAUGAUGCAUUCACUCUGCUGAUACGGUGUUGAUACAGUAUGGAAUGCGCAGAUAGAAUCAAACAUAAACAUGGGAUACUGUUACGAACUGUAGUGUUGUUUUAUAUUUUUUAUGGAUAUAAAAGUCUAUAUUUUACUUUAAAGUCUAUUUUCAUAAAGGUCUUGCUUUGAACAAAACGUAUUAGCAGAGUGUGAGACUAUUUGAUACUUCGACAUAAAGCUUCAAGAGUAAGGUCAAGCAUAGCACUUCAACAAUGUCAUUGUUGAACGGAACAGCCCUACUAGACAUGCCAUAUAAUACAAAAACAGAUUUAUAUGAUAACAGUACACUAAACCUCACUGCAUCAGAUACACAACCUAAUUUGCAUCAAUUUGUGGCUGUAUUUGUACCACUGGUAUGGGGAAUUUUAGUUGUUUUGGGUGCUCUAGGGAACGCGCUUGUUAUCUACACGCUGAUCAGACACGGGGGUAAAAAUGCUGCAAACUAUUUUAUCAUAAAUCUGGCUAUUUCUGACUUUACAUUUAUUGUGAUUGUCGUUCCGUUCACAGCCACGCUAUAUGCACUUCCGGCAUGGAUAUUUGGUGAUGGCAUGUGCAAGAUCACAAUGUACAUGAUCUAUGUUACGCUACAUGCAACAUGUCUGACACUGAUGGCGAUGUCUAUUGACCGUUACUAUGCCAUUGUUUAUGCCCUCAAGUCCAGGAGUUGGAGGACAACGCAGGUAUCCCUGAUCGUAUGUCUUAUUGUAUGGUUAGGUAUGUAAAAUGUCAAUUCGUUCUAAAUAGGAGAUGUUAAUGUGACAGUUAUCUAACAUCAGACCAUUGUGAUAGUUUAGCUAUAUUUCUGUCCAUGUUAUAUCAAAGACUUCUUUGCAAGCUUGA